AUGAAAUAAACAAGUUAAGUUUGAGUGUUUAAGACUUGAGUUGAUCUCAAAGUUCUUCUCUGUUGAAAUAGUUUGUCUAUUUCUGAAUAGCAGAGCCCUAUCCAAACUAUCCACAUAAACAUUCAAUUAUUCUACAUAAUCCAUCAUCAAGACAAUCCGACGCAUCAUUCAGAAGCACUAUGAAUGGAAUGUCCUUCCAUUCGGUUUAAAGCAAGCACCAGCAAUAUAUCAACGAUUCAUGGAUGAAACCUUAAAUGGUUUAGAUCAUAUUUGUCUUGCAUAUAUUGAUGAUAUAAUUGUUUUUACAAAAGGAAAUGAACAAACACACAUCGACGCAGUUAUCAAAGUUUUACAAAGAAUCAAAGAAAAAGGUUUAGUUUUAUCAAAAAAGUAAUCAAAACUUUUUCAAACUAUAGUUGAAUAUCUUGGUUUAAAAAUUGGAGAAAAUGGCCAACUAUCUUUAACAGACAACAUACGAGGAAAAUUAAAUAUGUUUCCUACUAAACUUGAAAAUAGAAAACAAUUACAACGAUUUCUUGGUUGUUUAAAUUAUAUUGCAGAACAAGGAUUUUUAAAAAACUUAACAAAACAAAGAAGAGCUUUACAAAAGAAAAUAUCAGAAAAAAUACCUUGGUCUUGGACAAAUACAGAUACUAUUUUAGUACAAAAUAUAAAAGAAAAAAUUUAAGUUCUUCCUACCUUAUAUAAUGCAAAGAUCGACGAUUUUCUAAUUGUGCAAACAGAUGCAUCACAAGACAUUUGGGCAGGAUGCCUAAAAGCAAUCAUACGUGGAAAAGUAUUAUUAGGAUUAGAUAGUGAGGGAAACCUCACAUCUAACCCAUCAAAAGUACACAAUGAUGAAGCAUACAUUGGUAUGAAAAUACCAUCCGAAGUAAACAACGAUAAAGUAUACAGUGAUAUGAAAAUGUCACCAAAAGCAUACACUGAUACAGAUGUAUCACCUGAAGCAUUAAAAACAGAUAAAUAUGAGCAAAAAUUAUGCAAAUAUAUAUCGGGAACAUUUUCUUAAACGGAGCAAAAUUACAGCACACAUGAACGAGAAACACUAGCAUGUCUCAGAACAUUGAAAAAAUGGAAAGUCAACCUACUCCAAACUAGAUUCGAGCUACGCACAGAUUCCAGAUAUCUACUUGGCUUUUGGCGAUAUAAAUUACAAGAAGAUUAUUGUCGUGGACGUUUAAUCCGUUGGCAAUUACAAUCACAUCAAUUUCACCCAUACCUCAAGUAUACCAAAAGUGCCAACAAUCAUAUAGCAGACACACUAACAAAAGAAUGGAAGCCAUCAUAAAGCAACCCAAAUAAGAAGCAACACUAUUCAUGGAGGACUAACACAAGAAUCAAAAAAUAUCUGCUUUUUCGGAGGCGGGAGGAAUGAUGUAAGGAAUGACAUAAAAAGCCAUUAUUGAAGACACCUGUCCUUUCAAUGUGGAAGGAAUUAUUAUAUUAUGUAAAGUGUCGGCAAGAAUAAUUUGUAUUUGUCGUUUGUACUAAAAUAGUGUCGGUAGGAUGUGUUAUAAAGUGUAAGACCCUCCAUAGUCUAGGGGUCUAAAAUCUAAAUAUAUGUUUGUCGUAUUGCAAUCAAACGAUUGCACCAAUAAUUGUAACCGGCUCCUUCGAGCCUAUAAAUAGGGCCUUCGCCCAUAUGAAAUAAACAAGUUAAGUUUGAGUGUUUAAGACUUGAGUUGAUCUCAAAGUUCUUCUCGGUUGAAAUAGUUUGUGUAUUUCUGAAUACCAGAGCCCUAUCCAAACUAUCCACAUAAACAUUCAACUAUUCAACAUAAUCCAUCAUCAAGACAAUCUAACGCAUCAUUCAGGUAUAAUCUUAUCCUAAUAUUCAUUUAUCCAUCAUGUUGUUAAAUUUAGAGAAUGACAUAAGCAAUCAUCAUUAAAGAAAACACAUCAUUGAAGAUAAUGAAACAUUAUAGAAGAUAAUAAUUCUAUCUUUUCUUUUGUAAUUAUGUAAGUGUCGGCAAGAAUAAUUUGUAUUUGUUGUUUGUAUUAAAAUAGUGUCGGUAGGAUGUAAGAUCCUCCAUAGUCUAGGGGUCUAUAUUGUAAAUUAUUUGUAUCGUUUUGCAAUCAAACGAUUGCAACAAUAAUUGUAACCGGCUCCUUCGAGCCUAUAAAUAGGGCCUUCGCCCAUAUGAAAUAAACAAGUUAAGUUUGAGUGUUUAAGACUUGAGUUGAUCUCAAAGUUCUUUUCUGUUGAAAUAGUUUGUCUAUUUCUGAAUAGCAGAGCCCUAUCCAAACUAUCCACAUAAGCAUUCAAUUAUUCAACAUAAUCCAUCAUCAAGACAAUCCAACGCAUCAUUCAGGUAAAUAAUCCUAUGAAGAAAGCUUUAUUGGGUUUAGAACAUGAUGGAAACCUCAUAUCUAACCUAUCCAAAGUAUACGUUGCUAAAGCAUAUAUUGGUAUGAAAAUACCAUCCAAAGUAAACAAUGGUAAAGUAUACAGUGAUAUGAAAAUAUCACCAAAGCAUACAUUGAUAUGAAAAUUCUCAUAUCAUCAUUUAAAAUAUUAAAAGCAAACAAAAUUCAUCAAUUAUUCAGGUACCCAAAAGACGCAAAUAUUCAAUCAGCAGAAAUAUUAAAAUGGAAGUCAUCAUGAAGCAAGUCAAACACCAGUUCAGACAAAAAGAGGAGCAAGAAGCAUCAUUAAUCAGACAGCUUGAAGUAGUCAAACGUGAAAAAGAGCAACUACAACAAACAAUACAAAUUCUAUCAUCUUAUUCAGCAUCUAAAGAAGAAGCAGUCAGCAGCUCAACAACAAAGCAACCAAAAGAAGAAAUUCAAGAAAUAUCAUCCGAUGAAAGUCAACCACGAAUAGCACUCGAAACAGAAAAACAAACCAUGACGCCAAACGAGGAGGAGUAUCCACCACUACAAGCAGAUCAUAAAAAUAUAAAGAAAUGGUACGUAAUUUUCAACGGAGAAAACAAAGGAGUAUAUGACGAUUGGGGAAUCCCGAGUUCAUAUAUUCUUGGAAAAAAUAUCAUUCACAAAAGUUACAAAAUGAAAAAUGAAGCAGAAACCACAUACAACGAAGCAUACAAAGCAGUAAUAAAAGAUAACGUCGAAUAUUCAAAAACAGUUCUCCUAACACCACAAAAACCUAUAUCCAACUUCACACCACAAAAACCUAUAUCCAUCCCAAGAUCCCUUAACCAAUUAAAUGAAAAAAUUUCCCUUGAAUCCAUUCUAUCAACCAAAGAAAAAGAAGCCAUGAAAAAACCAUCUGCCAAAAAAUUUGCCGAAUUAUGGGACAGCCUCAUUUCAUACACCGAAGUCCAUUCCUUGAUGGGCUUUUACCCGGUAGCCAGACGCCCAUGUCCUAAAGCAGUUUUCUUAGCCGACUUAUCAGAUCCUAUGACUUUGUGGGAUUAUUUUAUUCAUGGAUUCAUCGACACCAUCUAUCUAGAAGGCACCAAUUUACACUGCAUCAGUGAGUUCCCUUCUGUUGUGCAAACUAUCAUCAGAAAUUAUAAAAUACGAUCUGCAAAACAGGAAAGAGGAUUAUUCAUUAAAAUGCAUUCAAGCUAUCCAAUUUUUGAUGAAGACUCUCAAAUAAUUGUCCCAAGUAUUACUUUCGCAAACAUGGGAAUAAGCAACGGCUCAAAACCAACAAAAGAUGAUCUACCACGUGAAUCACCAACACAGGAUCAUCUAAUUUUUGCACUCAUCGAUGUCUAUUUAGCAUCAUCACGCAUAAGCAACGGUAAAGAUCAAAAGUCAAGAAUCAGAGUGAAUUAUGCCAGUAAAAAUUUCAUUAUCUAUUUGUUAACAGUCAGUGAAAUCACUCCGGAAGCAAUGAAAGCAAUUGAAACCUUCGAACAACCUUUCGAAAAGUUUUCUCAUCAAUUAGCUGAAUUACCUGUUGAUAUCAAAAAACAACUUUGUAAACAUAUUAUGCAUGCACCAAAACACAAUUGCAGUCACUGUUCAGAAAACACAGAAGAAACACCAUUCAUGGAAGAUUAACGAUAAAAGAAAACAUUAUUCAAAAAUAUGUCUUUUUGGAGGUGGGAGGAAUGAGAAUGACGUAAGCAAUCAUCAUUAAAGAAAACACAUCAAUGAAGAUAACGAAACAUUAUAGAAGAUAAUAAUUCUAUCUUAUCUUUUGUAAUUAUGUAAGUGUUGGCAAGAAUAAUUUGUAUUUGUCGUUUGUAUUAAAAUAGUGUCGGUAGGAUGUAAGACCCUCCAUAGUCUAGGGGUCUAUAUUGUAAAAUAUGUGUAUCGUUUUGCAAUCAAACGAUUGCAAUAAUAAUUGUAACUGGCUCCUUCGAGCCUAUAAAUAGGGUCUUCGCCCAUAUGAAAUAAACAAGUUAAGUUUGAGUGUUUAA